UUGCCAAGGUUGGAGACCCCUGGCUUAAAUGAGAAAUGGGUUCAGUGAGUUUGGUCCCACUUUGCGGCCGUUUUGGUGUUAGAAUUAGUGGCACGGUGGUUAAGUGCACCUGUCUUCCUCAUUGGCUUUGCUGAUCGGAAGGUCGCAAAAGGGGAUCAACAAGUGACUCCAUGGGGCUGCUGCAAGGUGUCGUUAAGUAUGAAAAAUGGUCAUAAGUUACUUUUUUUUUUUGGUGCUGUUGUAACUUCGAACAAACUGGCGUAAGUCGAGGACUGCCUGCACAGUAGUUGGAUGAGAAGACAAGGGUGUCAGGCUACAGCUACGUUCUUGAUCCUCAGUCAUGGUUGGCUUGGUUUGGCUCAAGAACAUCUGGAGACCCAAGGUUGAGAAAGAAAAAAGCUGGAGGAAUUGUGUUAAACCCAGGAGGAUUGCUUUGUGCAUUUUGUUUUAUGGAUUUGGGGAGUGGAGGUGGGUUGUGCGUGAAUGGCUAGAAAGUGUCUUUGGAAAUCAGGUGGGGAGAGUCUGCUUGGAUGAAGGAGAAGAUUUUGCUAUUGGGUAAAGGACCCAGUUCUCUUUGGAAAUAUAUGCAGGGAAAAAUUUAAAAGUUCCCAAGAUGACAUAAUGCAGGAUAUGAGGAAGAACGUAUAAGAGGAAACCAACUGAGUAAGAGAGUGUUUCAGAUACUGUAUGUGUGAAGUAUAUAUAUGAGCUUUUAGAGAAUGACAAAGUAAUGGAAGUAGAUUAUAAUUUCAAGAUGGGUCAUUAUGAAACAGGAGGAUGAAUGCUAAGAGUGAUGACCUUUGAAUGAACAAUAAAAGGGAGGAGUUAAUUUUAAUGUAUUACCCACACACUGCUGACUGAAGUUUCAUGUUACUAGCCUAACCGAAUUGCUCCACUGUUAAUUGCUUCCUGCUUAUGGUUUCAGUGAAGUCUAUAAAACAUUUAUAGUUACUUGAACUAGGAACUCAAUAGAAGGAAGUUACAAAGAUGCUUAUUACGAUGUGCCUUGGCUGGCUGGUUGAGAAAGCACCCUAGAAAUCCUUUUAGCAGAAGCUAUGGAACCCACGUUGGAGAAACCAGCCGCCAGGAAAAAAGCCAGCUCAGUUACAGCUUCAUGCAAUACCAGCAGUUUUAUAAAGCAAGAAGAUAUUGGCUAUCCCCAAAUGGAUGUUAGCUGGUGCACAUAAUAGGAUGCGUGCUGAGUCUUUUCAUGGAGACUAAAAGUACACUUGGAAAAAGAUAAACAGCUAAUGGCUUCUGAAUCAAUGGUCCCAGAGCAAGGAAAACAUACAGUGACUGGUAAAAUACAUCAAAAGCAGGAAAGGACACCUUUGAACUGUGAUGGGGAAGAAGACACAUUUGUAUUUGAAGCAAAUGAAGCUUGGAAGGAUUUUCACAGCUCUCUUCUCCAUUUCUAUGAAGCCGGAGAGCUUUGUGACGUGACGCUAAAGGUGGGCUCAAAGUUGAUUACCUGUCACAAGCUUGUCCUGGCUUGUGUUAUACCUUACUUCAGAGCCAUGUUUCUUUCGGAAAUGGCAGAAGCUAAACAAUCAUUGAUUGAAAUCAAAGAUUUUGACGGUGAUGCCAUUGAAGACUUGGUCAAGUUUGUUUAUUCCUCCCGACUAAUGCUGACAGUGGACAAUGUCCAGCCUCUCUUAUAUGCUGCCUGCAUUCUCCAAGUGGAGAUAGUGGCCAAAGCUUGCUGUGAGUACAUGAAGCUGCAUUUUCACCCUUCCAAUUGCCUGGCAGUGAGGGCCUUUGCAGAGAGUCACAACCGUAUUGACUUGAUGGACAUGGCUGACCACUAUGCCUGUGAACACUUCGUUGAAGUGGUGGAAUGUGAAGACUUUGUGAGUGUAUCACCUCAGCACCUUCAUAAACUCUUGUCUUCAAGUGACCUGAGCAUUGAGAAUGAAAAGCAAGUUUAUUGUGCUGCUAUUAAAUGGCUUUUGGCCAAUCCCCAGCACCAUGCUUUAUGGUUAGAUGAAAUAGUUGCUCAGGUACGCCUGCCUCUGUUACCUGUUUGUUUCCUUAUGGGAGUUGUUGCAAAAGAACAAAUAGUCAAGCAGAACUUAAAAUGCCGAGAUUUGUUAGAUGAAGCACGAAACUACCACCUUCAUUUAAGCAGUCAUACGGUACCAGAUUUUGAAUAUUCUGUUCGGACAACCCCAAGGAAACACACAGCAGGUGUCCUUUUCUGUGUUGGAGGACGUGGGGGAUCCGGCGACCCAUUCCGCAGUAUUGAGUGCUACUCAAUAAAUAAAAAUAGCUGGUUUUUUGGUCCUGAAAUGAACAGUAGAAGGAGGCAUGUAGGAGUAAUCUCAGUGGGAGGUAAAGUUUAUGCCGUGGGUGGGCACGAUGGAAAUGAGCACCUCGGCAGCAUGGAAGUAUUUGAUCCUCUCACAAAUAAAUGGAUGAUGAAAGCAUCAAUGAAUACCAAAAGGAGAGGAAUUGCUCUCGCCUCUCUUGGAGGCCCCAUUUAUGCCAUUGGAGGCUUAGAUGAUAACACUUGCUUCAGUGAGGUGGAGAGAUACGACAUGGAAUCGGACCAGUGGAGCGGAGUUGCAUCUAUGAAUACCCCUCGCGGAGGAGUUGGUUCUGUGGCUCUUCUGAAUAAUGUAUAUGCCGUUGGUGGAAAUGAUGGCGUGGCUUCUCUGUCUAGUGUGGAGAAAUACGAUCCUUAUCUUGAUAAAUGGAUAGAAGUGAAAGAAAUGGGUCAGCGGAGAGCUGGCAAUGGGGUUAGUGAACUUCAUGGCUGUUUAUAUGUGGUAGGUGGUUUUGAUGACAAUUCUCCACUUAGCUCGGUGGAGAGGUUUGACCCUCGCACUAAUAAGUGGGACUAUGUAGCAGAACUAACAACUCCUAGGGGUGGAGUUGGCAUAGCAACAUUAAUGGGCAAAAUUUUUGCUGUUGGAGGACAUAAUGGGAAUGCUUACCUGAACACAGUGGAAACCUUUGAUCCAGUAGCAAACAGAUGGGAGCUUGUUGGCUCCGUGUCUCACUGCAGAGCUGGGGCAGGAGUGGCUGUGUGCGCUUGCCUAAGCAGUCAAAUUCGUGAUAUGGGUCAAGGUUCUAGCAACGUGGUGGACUGCAUGUGAAUUUGGGUUGAAGCCUCCAAUGAUUGUGAAACGCUUUCAGCCUCCUUUACUAUUGUACAAAGACUUCUGAAUGUUUAAAGCAAUAUAUGUAAAUAUACUAGAAUAGUUUUUGUAUAAAAAUCUGAGUGCCGUGGAAGUUUUAAAAUAUUUACUUACAAUAAAAACUUGGGGAAAAAAUUAAAAA